GAAACCAACUCCUCGUUCCCCUCCCUCCCUCCCUUGAUCCCCCCGGCUCGCUUCGCUUCGCUCGGCGGCCGCCGCCACCACCUCGAAACCCGAACCUUCCCGUCUCCCCGAGCCGGCUCAAUAUCCAUGCCCAUCGCGCGCGUGCCUUGCAGCGCGUCCUGAGGCUCGGUGUCGCGGCAAUGGAUGCGAUCAGCAGCGAGCCGCCGGUGGGGGUGUUCGCGAUCGGCCCGUCCACGGCGCUGGGCCGGGCGGUGGCGCUGCGGGUGCUGCUCUGCGGCUCCCUGGGGCAGCUGCGGCACCGCCUGGCCGCGGCACUGCGCGCCGCGCUGCCGCUGGCGGCGGCGUGGCUGCACCCGCGGGACAACACGCGCGGGAUCCUGCUCGCCGUCUGCGCCGUCGCGCUCCUGCUGCGGGGGCGGGGCGGGCGCGCGGGGGUGCGGGCGAGGGUGCAGUCCGCGUACCGGCGCAAGUUCUGGCGGAACAUGAUGCGCGCCGCGCUCACCUACGAGGAGUGGGCGCACGCCGCACGGAUGCUGGACCGCGAGACCCCGCGCCGCGCCACUGACGCCGACCUCUACGACGAGGAGCUCGUGCGCAACAAGCUCCGCGAGCUCAGGCACCGCCGCCAGGAGGGGUCGCUCAGGGACAUCGUCUUCUGCAUGCGCGCCGACCUGCUUAGGAAUCUCGGCAACAUGUGCAACCCCGAGCUCCACAAGGGGAGGCUGCAGGUACCGAAAAUGAUAAAGGAGUACAUCGAGGAGGUAUCUACUCAGCUGAAAAUUGUAUGUAAUUCUGAUUCAGACGAGUUGCCUCUCGAAGAGAAACUUGCAUUUAUGCAUGAGACAAGACAUGCCUUCGGUAGAACUGCCUUGCUGCUAAGUGGAGGUGCUUCUCUAGGAUGUUUUCAUGUGGGUGUUGUGAAAACAUUGGUAGAACAUAAGCUCCUGCCGAGGAUAAUUUCAGGAUCAAGUGUUGGCUCUAUAAUGUGCUCUAUAGUAGCAACAAGGUCAUGGCCAGAGCUGGAGAGCUUUUUUGAGGAGUGGCAUUCCUUGAAAUUCUUUGACCAGAUGGGUGGGAUAUUUCCUGUAGUUAAAAGGAUUUUGACACAUGGAGCUGUUCAUGACAUUAGACACUUGCAGACACUUUUGAGAAAUCUUACCAGCAAUUUGACAUUCCAAGAGGCCUAUGACAUGACGGGCCGGAUUCUUGUUGUCACUGUGUGUUCUCCAAGGAAACAUGAGCCACCUCGAUGCUUGAACUAUUUGACAUCACCUCAUGUUCUCAUCUGGAGUGCAGUAACUGCUUCCUGUGCUUUUCCUGGUCUUUUUGAGGCCCAAGAGUUGAUGGCAAAAGACAGAUUUGGAGAAACAGUUCCUUUUCAUGCUUCUUUCCUGUUGGGCCUGGAUGAAAGAGUUGGCGCUACAACUCGGCGCUGGAGAGAUGGGAGCUUAGAAAGUGAUUUGCCCAUGAAGCAAUUGAAGGAAUUAUUCAAUGUGAAUCAUUUCAUAGUAAGCCAGGCCAAUCCUCACAUAGCUCCAUUGUUGAGACUAAAGGAAAUUAUCAGGGCUUAUGGAGGCAACUUUGCUGCCAAGCUGGCUGAACUUGCUGAGAUGGAAGUUAAGCAUAGGUGCAAUCAAAUUCUCGAACUUGGAUUUCCUUUAGGAGGACUAGCUAAGUUGUUUGCUCAAGAUUGGGAAGGUGAUGUCACAGUUGUUAUGCCAGCCACUCUUGCUCAGUAUUCCAAGAUCAUACAGAAUCCAUCUUAUUCUGAGCUUCAGAAGGCCGCAAAUCAGGGUAGACGAUGCACCUGGGAGAAGUUAUCAGCCAUCAGGGCAAAUUGUGCUAUUGAACUGGUGCUAGAUGAAUGUGUUGCCCUGUUGAACCAUAUGCGUAGACUAAAGAGAAGCGUGGAAAGAGCAGCUGCUUCCCAAGGAUAUGGUCCUACAAUCAGACUCUGCCCUUCUAGGAGGAUUCCAUCAUGGAAUCUCAUAGCAAGAGAAAAUUCAUCCGGUUCUCUUGAGGAUGAAUUCAUCGUUUCUCCUAGUACAAACCAUCAUGCAGAUGGAGGAAUUGCUGGACCAUCUAACAAAAACCAUCACGUCCAACAAAAUGUACAUGAUAACAGUGACAGUGAAUCUGAGAGUAUAGACUUAAACUCAUGGACUAGAAGUGGUGGCCCUCUUAUGAGGACAGCAUCAGCCAAUAAAUUUGUUAGUUUUGUUCAGAAUCUUGAGAUUGACACAGACUUCAGAACAAUUUCAUCAAGGGAAGACAGAACUGAUGUUGUAACACCAAAUACUAAUUUCUUGGUUUCUCAGGCAAUUGGUAGAGAAUCUGUUGAAAGCAGUGCAAUGCCUAUUACUCCUGACAGGAGCUUGGGCAAUUCAGGUUAUGAUCCUCUUGAUAGUAAUGUCCCUAGAUCUCCACUUGGUGGUUCAACAAGUAUAAUGGUUUCUGAAGGUGACUUACUGCAACCUGAAAAGAUCGAAAAUGGUAUUCUGUUUAAUGUUGUGAGAAGGGAUACUAUUCUAACAUCUACUGGUGGAGUUGAACUUCAGAGAUCAUUGCAGGAACCAGACGUGGAAACAAUACAGAGUGAGUGCCUUGAUAAUGCUUCGGAUGAUGAUGUGGGAUUUAAUGCAGAUGGUGCAACUGAGCCUGGAGCAUACAUCAGCAGCAAAGAUACCCAACAUCAGAGGUCUUCACUAGAAGAAAAUAUAAAUCUGUCCUCUUCAGUAGAUUGUCAAGCUGAAACAAAUACUAGUAAAUCAGAAUGUUCAUCUCUUUUUGAUAUCGGUAUGGAGAUUGUUCCAGCAAUCGUGAGCACAGAAAGUAGUUUGUAUGACAGGUCUUCUGCAAAAAUAGGACUGGAGACAGUGCCUGCAGAAUGUAGUGGCAAUUCAGGGUCUUGGAAGGGUGAAGUUGACUCGGGGACUGCUAAUGAAUAAUCUUCCUAUUUUUCUCAGAUAGCAUAUACUGUUAUAUUUUCUGAAAGCUAUGAAACUGGCAAGCACAAUGAAGUGAAAUGUAGAAACUUUAACCUUAUACCCUGUUUCAGUUUCAGAAGAUGAUAGGCCUGGUGGCUUCAAUUUGAGUUUAGAAAAAAGAUGGGUACAACUUUGAGUGGCGAAGGUGAUGCUCCAGUAUCUACACGAAAUGUAGU